AUCGGGUAUAUUAGCCAUAACACCUAUUCACCCCCCCUCAAGGUGUGUAAUUUCACAGUGGCCUUAUCGCUUGCCGGAGGAGGAUGGACGUCCAACCUCAUUGUUUAUCUCAUUCAAGAGUUUCGAAUAAAUAGUAUUGACGCUGCUCAGAUUUCCAAUCUUGUUAAUGGCUCCACCAGUUUUAUUCCGGUCAUUGCUGCCAUCGUAGCGGACUCAUUUCUGGGAUGUUACACUGUCGUGUGGAUUUCCUCUUUGAUCUCUUUCUUGGGAAUCACGCUUCUGUUUCUAACUUCAGCAGUACAUUCAUUAAGGCCUCCGCCAUGUGGAUUCGACGAAUCAAGCUCUUGUCAAAGCCCAACGAAGCUUCAAUUCACAGCACUCUACACAGGUAUAAUACUAGCAUCUCUAGGCAUAGGAGGUCUUCGCUCCACUAUAACGACAAUGGGAGCUGAUCAGUUCUCUAAGCCAAAAGAUCAAGGAGUGUACUUCAAUUGGUACUAUGUUGCCACAUACGUAGUCGCGGUAAUAUCCUCAACAGCCAUGGUCUACAUUGAAGAUAAUAUCAGUUGGAAAUUAGGGUUUGGUUUAAGUGUUGCCGCAAAUUUACUUGGUUUAGUGAUUUUCUUGCUUGGGAGCCGGUUUUACUAUCUUGCCAAGCCGGAACAGAACCCCUAUAAGGGCAUUGCUCGUGUGAUUGUGGCAACUUUCCGUAAAUGGAAAGUCCCCUUAUCAUGCAAAUCUGAGGAUUAUUAUUAUGGCCAUGAUGCAGAGGUGAACACUAAUGAAUUAGCUGCAAUCCCCACCAAGAGCUUCAGGUUCUUGAAUCGCGCAGCGCUUAAAACAGAUGACCAAACCAAUUCCAAAGCAAAUCCAUGGAAGACAUGCACAGUACAACAAGUUGAGCAACUCAAAAACCUGAUCAAAAUAUUCCCCCUGUGGUCUUCCAGCAUUUUCUUAGCCACCCCGAUUGGCAUCCAGAGCAGCUUAGCCAUUCUCCAGUCCCUAACAAUGGACCGUCGAAUCGGACCACAUUUCAACAUUCCAGCAGCUUCAAUCCUCGUGUUCGUACUCAUCUCCACCGCACUCUUUCUAAUUAUAUGGGACAGACUCCUCAUGCCGGCUUGCCAGCGUCUACUCAACCUGUCCUUAACGCCUCUCCAGCGCAUUGGCACGGGUCAUGUUCUUACAGUUAUCAGCAUUGGUAUAUCUGCAUUGGUCGAAAAAAAGAGGCUCAACAUAGCAAAAUCCAACAGGGACUUGAAGGUGGUGCCAAUGUCGGUCUUAUGGCUCGUGCCACAGCUAUCCGUUAUGGGAAUAGGAGAAGCAUUUCAUUUUCCGGGACAAGUGGAUUUGUACUACCAAGAGUUUCCGGUGUCUCUAAAGAGCCUGUCAACUGCAAUGAUUCAUCUGAUCAUCGCAAUUGCCUUUUAUCUGAGCACUGCCUUGAUUGAUCUUGUUAGGAAUGCGACAAACUGGUUACCAAACAACAUAAAUAAUGGGAGAUUAGAUAAUGUGUACUGGGUUCUGGUGGUCACUGGAAUGGUGAAUUCCGGUUAUUACAUGGUUUGUGCGUGCUUGUAUAAGUAUCAAAAGGCUGAGCAGGUUAACGAGAGUGUUCGUCCUGCGUCUGAUGCCGAAAAAUAUUGAGUUCAGAUCUGGUUUGUAGUCAGACCCUUCGAAAGCAAUGGAAUGCAGUUUAAGAUUCUCUAUAAUAGUCUAUUGUGAUUUGUCAAGCUAUAGCACUUCGAAUUUCAGAUUCCAUCUCACAUUUUUUUUUGUUGAAUUUC